UGACAGACGGACUGACAGAAGAAAGACAGAGGACGAGAUUUUCCUUCUUGCAUCAUGGCGGACAGUGCGGACAUGGAGCAGCUGCUGGCGGCCUUUAAGAAGUUCGCCGUUCAUGGAGACACGAAGGCGAUGGGGAAGGAGCUGAACGGGAAGAACUGGGCCAAACUGUGUAAAGACUGUAAGAUCAUCGACGGCAAGAACGUCACCGCCACUGACGUCGAUAUCGUCUUCUCCAAAGUCAAACAGAAGACGUCUCGCGUCAUCACGUACGAGGAGUUCCACAGAGCGCUGCAGGAGUUGGCUCCAAAGAGAUUCAAAGGUCAAAGUAAAGAGGAGGCGCUGCGGUCCAUCGUCGCUCUGGUGGAGGGAGGAGAACCGUCCAACGCCGGAGUGACGAAAGUGGCGAAGACGGCGGCUGUGGACCGUCUGACCGACGCGUCCCGCUACACCGGAUCACACAAAGAGCGCUUCAACGAGAGCGGCAAGGGCAAAGGUCGUGAGGGCCGCGAGGAGCUCGUGGACAACACUGGCUACGUGGGAGCGUACAAGAACGCUGGGACGUACGAAUCCAAGAUGAAGGGAGAGAAGUAACAAGGCAAGAGGUGGCGCCCCCCGCUGGAGGCUGACAGGAAGUACAGCUCCUACAGGACUGUCAGACCGUGUGUGUGUGUGUGUGUGUGUGUGUGUGUGUGUGUG